CCGGUGCGCCGCGUGUCAAUAGCAAACGCAGAGCCGUCGCUCGCGCGUUACCAGCCCGCAUUUAAGGGAGAAUCCGAAUUCUUAUCACGCGCGGAUAUUUAAAGCUUUGCGUGGUAUUCGGGCCCGGGUGCGUGCGAGAGGUGAACAUGCACGAGCGAGGGAAAAAACACGAGACGGAAACGGCGCACGCGGGCGAGCCGAUCAAAUUCGAGAGCGCCGUCCCGAAAAUCAGGCAGCAAUUGCUGAGAUGGAACGGCUGGGGCUACAAGGACUCCGGAUUUCGUAUAAACGACAAAAAUUUGAUAGAAUUUACCGGGAACAGAUAUCCAAUUGGAAACCUGGAACUUCCGUACUUCACCAAGUGGUGCGAAGAGGUAUUCGACGUGUCGUGGGACUCGAAAGCACCGAUUCGAAACUUGCCGACAGAUUUUCCAGAUCCUAUCCUUUCGCCGGACUUGCUGAAAACGAUCCAGGACUUGAAUAUUGAUUAUUCGACGGACGGUCUCGAUCGUUUGUUCCGGGCGCACGGCCACACGUUGCGAGAAAUUUAUCUACUGAAACACAGUACUUACGAAAGGAUACCGGACAUCGUCUUGUGGCCAAAAUGUCACAACGACGUUGUUGCAAUAGUCAAUAUAUGCGCAAAUUACGGAAUCGUGUGCAUACCGUUCGGCGGUGGUACGAGCGUGAGCCGUGCGACUUAUUGUUCUCCGGAAGAACGCCGAACGAUAAUAUCGUUGGACACGUCACAAAUGAAUCGGAUAUUAUGGAUAGACGGAGACAAUUUGUUGAUAUGCUGCGAGUCGGGCAUAAUCGGUCAGGACUUGGAGCGUCAGCUCCGUCUUCACGGAUUUACAUGCGGACACGAGCCCGACUCUCAUGAAUUUUCCAGUUUAGGCGGUUGGGUGGCGACCAGAGCGAGCGGCAUGAAGAAGAAUACGUACGGUAACAUCGAGGACCUGGUCGUCCGAGUGCGUAUGGUCACCGGACGAACGGAGGACCCGGUUAUCACGCUGGAAAGGAACAGUCUGGUGCCCCGCGCGUCUUGCGGUCCGGAUUUCGAUCACGUGAUUCUUGGCAGCGAAGGAACCCUGGGCGUUGUCACGGAAGUCGUGCUGAAGAUACGGCCGCUACCGCGGAUCGUGAAGUACGGCAGUAUCGUGUUCCCGAAUUUUCAGAGUGGCGUUCAGGCGUUGCGAGAGGUUGCGAAAGAACGAUGCCAGCCGGCCAGCAUACGCUUGAUGGACAACGAACAGUUCCAAAUGGGACAAACAUUACGUCCAGAAUCGGGCUGGGGCGGUUUGAUACUGCAAGGACUCAAACAGAUAUACAUCACUAGAAUAAAAGGUUUCCGAUGGGAUCAGAUGUGCGUGGCCACGUUGUUGAUAGAGGGCGACGUGGCGGCGGACGUCACGGCUCAGGAACGAAAAAUCUACAAAAUAGCCGAAAAGUACGGCGGCAUUCCGGCGGGCGAGACGAACGGCGAACGCGGAUACAUGUUAACGUUCGUGAUAGCGUACAUCCGUGACUUGGGGAUCGAAUACGGCGUGUUGGCGGAAUCGUUCGAGACGUCCGUUCCUUGGAACCGCACGUUGUCGCUGUGCAGAAAUGUAAAGUCACGCAUAGUCAGGGAUUGUCACGCGCGCGGUAUUCGCAAGUAUCUUGUUUCCUGCCGCGUCACGCAAACCUACGACGCGGGCUGCUGCAUCUACUUCUAUAUGGCGAUCAACUACUUGGGCGUGAAGAAUCCCGUGGAGACUUACGAGGAGAUCGAGCACGCGGCGCGCGAGGAGAUACUCGCCAACGGCGGAUCUCUGUCGCAUCAUCACGGUGUGGGAAAGAUACGAGCGUCGUUUUAUCCCGAAGCGGUCGGAGACGCGGGUGUUGCCCUUUAUCGUGCGACCAAAGCUCAUUUAGAUCCGCAUAACAUAUUUGCAACGGGCAAUCUCGUAUCGGAGUAUAAAUCAAAAUUGUAAAUCUCCACGCGUCACGUGUGAGCGCCACUUUUGGGACAUCAUAGAAAAUUUAUCUCGCGCCUCGUUAAUGAUAUUUGUCAGUGAUAUUUGUAUUACAUUAGAUGCUACGCAUUGUGUGGCAUCUUGUGUGCAACCUUUUAUUGACUUACUUGUUAGUAACAAAAUACUGGCAAAUAUCGUUAACAAAUUUCUAGUGUUCAAAAAAAAGCUGAUUUUUUUAAAUUACUAAGAAUGCGCGCACGAGUGGCGUAUGUAAAAAAAAAAAAAAAAAAACUACGUA